AGACAGCGAGCAAUAUAAACUCCUGCCCGCGCACCACGAAGCUGCAGGUUUAGUUGUCAACAAAUAAUAACGAAAACAAUUACUACGACCGGGUAGGCGCAGGACGACGAGGAUGGGAUGCGCAUAAUUUUGUUGCUGGUCGGACUACAAAAUCACACAUUCAGAAGCUUUGAAAGGACGUCAGAAUGUCACAACAAUCAACUCAAGCAUUCGAUGCUUUGAAUCGCAUUGUGAUAGAUUUACGAUCACGGUUAGUGCUCGUGGGAUCGAAUGUACCAGUGAUGAAGCAUUGAAGGCUAAUACUCUGACUGUAGGAGCGAUGAGCAACGAAAAAGAGCAGCUUUAGAGUUGAGGGAGCUAGUGGAGGUCGCUUCUAGAGGUGAGGAUUCUCUUUCAUGUUGCCCUGGGAAUCAACGACUAAUCCAUGCUGUUGUAGAUCUCCCCCAAGAACGAUUUCUAGAAUUGUAUAAUGUAGUUAAUAACAAGAUCACCAGCCUAAUCAGCCAUGGAGAUUUGGAGCGAACUGGUGGUAUAUAUGCCGUCGAUGCGCUGGUCGAUUUCGAGGGUAUAGAUGUUGGACAACGAGUCACACGAUUUGGACAAUCCCUUCGAGCUGUAUUGAGAGGAAAGGAUCUCGUCCCUAUGCAACCGGCUGCUGUGGCAUUGGGAAAGAUGUGUAGGCCUGGUGGUUCCCUGGUAUCUGAUCUGGUGGAGAGCGAAAUCAAAACUGCUCUGGAAUGGUUGCAAUCCGAUCGAAUCGAAGAAAGAAGAUACAGCGCGGUACUGGUUUUGCGAGAAUUGGGUCGAAAUUCACCAACAUUGGUUUACACUUUUGUUGGAUUGAUAUUCGACCAGAUAUGGGUGGGGUUGAGAGACCAGCGACUCCUCAUUCGACAGACGGCCGCAGAAGCUAUAAGUGCAUGCUUUCAAAUAAUUAGAGAGAGAGACCAAAAUUUACGGCAGACAUGGCAGGCCAAAAUUUAUGAUGAAGCCGUUCAGGGCGUGAGACAGGGGACCGUUGAAUCCAUCCAUGGAUCCUUGCUCGUGAUCAAGGAACUUCUUCAGCAAGGCGGUAUGUUUAUGCAUGAGCAUUAUCCAGAAGUUUGCGAGAUUGUUUUUCGACAUAAAGAUCAUCGGGACGCACAGAUCCGGAAAACCGUCGUUAUGCUGAUACCCGAGUUGGCGCACUACUCUCCAACGGAGUUUGCUCAAUCCUACCUUCAUUCAUUCAUGGUGUUCUUGUCAGGUAUGCUUAAGAAGGACAAGGAUAGAAAUGACGCAUUUUUGGCCAUCGGGAAUAUUGCCAAUGCUGUCAAAAGUGCUAUUGCUCCUUACCUAGAUGGAGUUUUAAUAUAUGUCCGAGAAGGCUUGUCUUUGAAAUCGUAAGUUGUGUUAGAAUUUGUGUGUAUGCAUCAAUACUAAUGUUUGUUUAGGAGACGGCUCGGCACAGUGGAUCCAGUGUUCGAUUGCAUCAGUAGAUUAGCAGUGGCGGUUGGACAAACUCUCAGCAAAUAUAUGGAGGCACUCCUAGACCCAAUCUUCGCAUGUGAGCUAAGUCCCAAGCUGACUCAAGCUUUGGUGGAUAUGGCUUUCUACAUUCCGCCGGUGAAACCUAUCAUCCAAGAAAGGUUACUGGAUAUGUUGAGCAAGGUUCUUUGUGGUGAGCCAUUCAAGCCAUUGGGAGCCCCUACACCGAAUAAUAUUGCAGCCGCGCCAGUUGUACCAAAAGACUCGAAGGACCCACAAGCAUAUGAGCACCGACAAAGUGAGAUCAAGCUCGCUCUCAAUACCCUGGGCAGUUUCGACUUUUCCGGGCAUGUACUAAAUGAAUUUGUGCGUGAUGUUGCCAUUAAGUAUGUCGAAGACGAAAAUCCGGAAAUCAGAGAGGCGGCUGCAUUGACUUGCUGUCAGCUUUAUGUCCGAGAUCCUAUUGUCAAUCAAACGAGUCAUCAUGCAAUCCAGGUUGUCAGCGAGGUUAUUGAGAAGCUGCUCACAGUUGGAGUUGGAGAUCCAGAUCCUAGCAUUCGAAGAGUUGUCUUAGCAGCCUUAGAUCAACGAUUUGAUCGACACCUUGCCAAAGCAGAGAAUAUUCGAACUCUGUUCUUCGCUUUGAAUGAUGAAGUAUUCCAAAUCCGUGAAGUUGCUAUCACAAUCAUUGGUCGUUUGACCCAUGUUAAUCCCGCAUACGUCAUUCCCUCUUUACGAAAGGUUCUCAUCCAGAUGCUCACAGAACUUGAGUUUUCCGAUGUAGCGAGGAACAAGGAAGAAAGUGCAAAACUCCUUAGUCUCCUCGUUCAGAAUUCGCAGAAGCUGAUCAAGCCCUACGUUGAUCCUAUGAUUGCUGUUCUAUUACCCAAAGCUCGUGAUCCUAGUCCGGCGGUUGCUGCUACUAUCAUGAAAGCUAUCGGCGAACUUGCGUGUGUGGGAGGAGAGGGUAUGAUUCCAUAUAUCAAGCAGCUCAUGCCAAUAAUUAUCGAAGCUUUGCAGGACCAGAGCUCUUCUGCUAAGCGAGAAGCUUCUUUACGAACUUUAGGUCAAUUGGCAAGCAAUUCGGGUUAUGUCAUUAAGCCUUAUUUGGAAUAUCCCCGGCUUUUGGAGAUUUUGCAAAACAUCAUUCGGGGAGAACCGCAGAGAGGACCAUUACGACAAGAGACUAUCAAAUUGAUGGGUAUUCUUGGCGCUUUGGACCCGUAUCGACAUCAACAAGUUGAAGAAAGAUCUCCAGAGAUGCAACUACGUUUGGAGUCAAACCAAAUGACGGACAUAUCUCUUAUGAUGACAGGUCUUACACCUUCGAACAAGGAAUACUUCCCAACUGUCGUGAUCAAUGCUCUUCUCAACAUUUUAAAGGACCCAUCACUCAAUCAACACCACGCCAUGGUCAUCGAGGCAAUUAUGUCAAUAUUUAGGACUCUAGGUUUAGAAUGCGUCUCCUUUCUCGAUAAGAUUAUUCCGGCAUUUCUGUCGGUCAUUCGAACCUCUCCCGUCAAUCGUCUGGAGUCAUACUUCAGUCAGUUGAGUCUCUUGGUGACCAUCGUUCGACAACACAUCCGUAAUUACUUACCAGAGAUUGUGUCGGUACUUCAGGAAUUCUGGAAUACGUCCGCACCACUUCAAGCUAACAUACUUCAACUUGUCGAGGCUAUUUCAAGAUCUCUAGAAGGCGAGUUUAAGAUUUACUUAGCGGGGCUAUUGCCGCUUAUGUUGGGCGUACUUGAAAAAGAUACCUCCACCAGACGUCUUCCUUCAGAGCGUGUUUUACAUGCUUUUCUGGUGUUCGGUUCUAGUGCUGAGGAGUACAUGCACCUAAUCGUACCUGUUAUCGUGAGCGUGUUCGAAAAGCCACAGCAACCUUCAUUUAUUCGAAAGGCUGCGAUUGAAACUAUCGGCAAGAUUUCAAGACAUGUUAAUCUCAAUGACUAUGCCUCUAAAAUCAUUCACCCUCUUUCGAGGGUCUUGGCUGGUAGCGAUAGCUCUUUGAGAUUGGCAUCGCUCGAUACGCUUUGCGCACUGAUUUUCCAGCUCGGAAGAGAUUACUUGCAUUUCGCCGGCACAAUCAACAAGGUCCUAAACAGCCAUCAAAUCCAGCAUCAAAAUUACGAACUCUUGGUUAGUAAACUUCAAAAGGGUGAAGCUCUACCACAAGAUUUGAGCGCCGAGGAACGGUAUUUGAAUCAAUCUGAUGAAGUCGACUUCUCCGAUGUCUCUAAUAAGAAAUUGGACAGCAAUCCCGUUCAUUUGAAGGCAGCUUGGGAUGCAACAGGAAAAUCCACAAAGGAGGAUUGGCAGGAGUGGAUGCGCAAAUUUAGUGCUGCUGUCUUACUGGAAUCACCAAAUCAUGCACUUCGAUCAUGUGCUCAACUAGCUUCAGUAUACCCUCCCCUCGCCAGAGAACUAUUUAAUUCUGCUUUUGUUUCAUGUUGGGGAGAGCUCUUUGAAGGUUAUCAAGAUGACUUGAUCCAAAACAUUGAAAUGGCAAUCAAAUCUCCUCAUGUCACUCCUGAUCUCUUGGGUAUCUUACUCAACCUUGCAGAAUUCAUGGAGCAUGACGAUAAGGCUUUGCCGAUCGACAUACGAGUUCUAGGACGAGAAGCUGGUAGAUGCCAUGCCUGGGCCAAGGCUCUUCACUACAAGGAAUUGGAGUUCUGUCAAGAUCAAACUAGCGGCGCCGUUGAGGCAUUGAUUCAAAUCAAUAACCAAUUACAGCAGUAUGAUGCCGCAAUUGGUAUUCUAAGAAAAGCGCAACUUUAUAAGGACGGUAUCACGUUACGAGAGACUUGGUUUGAAAAACUUGAGAGAUGGGAAGAGGCUCUUGAAUUCUAUAAAAGACGCGAGGAAGAUUUCCCUGAUCAAGCAGAAACUUUUGAUGUCAUCAUGGGUAAGAUGAGAUGUCUUCAUGCUUUGGGAGAGUGGGAAUCACUAUCGGCUUUAGCCGAGGACAAAUGGCAUACCUCUUCACUGGAAAUCAAGCGAGCUAUUGCACCUUUGGCUACAGCAGCUGCUUGGGGUCUCAGAAAAUGGGAUCUUAUGGACGAUUACCUCAGCGUUAUGAAGAGUCACACACCAGACCGAUCAUUCUUUGGAGCAAUUCUUGCCUUGCAUCGUAAUCAAUUCCGCGAGGCUGCACUCUUUGUCCAAAAGGCGAGAGAAGGGCUGGAUACCGAAUUGAGUGCUUUGGUCAGCGAGUCUUAUAACCGAGCCUACACGGUCGUUGUUCGCGUACAGAUGCUUGCAGAAUUGGAAGAGCUUAGCAUUUAUAAGCAAAGCAAUGAAAAUCCUAAAAAGCAAGAAGUUAUGCGCCGAACUUGGGAGACUCGUUUGCUCGGAUGUCAACGGAAUGUUGAGGUUUGGCAAAGAAUGCUGAAGUUAAGAGCUUUGGUCAUAACUCCGAUGGAGAACAUGCAGAUGUCCAUCAAAUUCGCGAACCUAUGCAGAAAGUCUGGCCGUAUGGGCUUAGCCGAAAAGCAUCUCAAGACUCUGAUGGGUGGAGAUGAGAGCUUGGAUGUGGUGUUACCUCAAAUUGUGGAGAGUGCUAAUGGAGAACGUCGACUGAAAGUUUCAAAUAAACAUAUUGAGGCUCCUGUUCAGUAUGCUAUCUUGAAAUUUCACUGGGCGGUCGGCAAGCAAUCUCAAGCAUUGGAGGCUCUGAAAAUAUUCACAUCUGGACUGGCAGAGAAACUGCAGCAAGCACAGGUGGCAAACCAAGGAGGUGUUGCGAAUGAGAUGCAUGCUAUGAAUGGUCAUAAUGGUACUAACGGAGUAAUGAUGAAUGGGAAUAGUUAUAUUAAUGGUCUGGGGGCAAAUGCUCAGAGUCUGCUAACAGCAAAGGGCUUGGCUGACCAUACCACACUGCUCGCUAGAUGUUGCCUCAAACAAGGUGAAUGGCAGGUUGCCCAGAAGAAAGGUAAUUGGCAAUAUGAAAACGUCAACGAUAUUCUCGCCUCAUAUAAAGCUGCCACUCACUUUAAUCCACAGUGGUACAAGGCGUGGCAUGCUUGGGCUUUGGCAAACUUUGAGAUUGUUCAGUCCAUUCAAACAGAACUAGGACAUGACUGGCAUAAUAUACCUACUAAUGCCGUCAUCGAACACGUCGUUCCUGCUGUUCGUGGUUUCUUCAAGUCAAUCGCUCUCUCGCAGGGAAGUUCUUUACAAGAUACAUUGCGCCUUCUUACACUCUGGUUCGCUCAUGGUGGACAUGUAGAAGUCAAUCAAGCCGUUACUGAAGGAUUCUCAUCCGUUAGCGUUGAUACCUGGUUGGAAGUUAUUCCUCAACUUAUUGCACGCAUCAACCAACCAAAUGCUCGUGUCCGUGCUUCCAUUCAUAACCUGCUCGCCGAUGUCGGAAGAGCUCAUCCACAGGCACUCGUCUAUCCAUUGACUGUUGCCAUGAAGUCUGCACCCAAUACACGUCGCUCACGAUCUGCGAUGCAAAUCAUGGAUAGCAUGCGCCAACACAGUCCAAAAUUGGUGGAUCAAGCAGAUUUAGUCAGCAAAGAGUUGAUUCGCGUGGCAGUAUUAUGGCAUGAGCAAUGGCAUGAAGGUCUUGAAGAGGCAUCCAGACUUUACUUUGGUGACCAUAAUAUUGAGGGCAUGUUCAACACACUCGCACCUUUACACGAUAUGCUCGAUAACGGGCCGGAGACCUUGCGAGAAAUUUCUUUCGCCCAAACAUUCGGCCGUGAUCUUCAAGAGGCUCGAGAAUGGUGUAUCACUUACCAAAGAACGAAGGAUCUUGGAGACAUCAAUCAAGCUUGGGAUUUGUACUAUCAAGUUUUCAGAAGAAUCGCACGCCAGCUACCGCAACUUAAUAAUCUUGAGCUGGCUUACGUAUCCCCAAAACUUCUUAAUGCUCAUGAUCUGGAGCUGGCUGUUCCUGGAACUUAUCAAAGUGGCAAGCGUAUCAUAUCGAUCGUCAAUUUUGAGAGCAACUUCAGUGUUAUCUCCUCCAAGCAACGUCCAAGGAAGCUUAGUCUCAAGGGAAGUGACGGUAAUGCUUAUGUCUUUUGUCUUAAGGGCCAUGAAGAUAUUCGUCAAGAUGAACGUGUUAUGCAAUUGUUCGGUCUUUGCAAUACAUUACUUACCAGCGACUCGGAGUCUUACAAACGUCAUCUUAACAUUCAACGAUAUCCCGCUAUCCCAUUGUCUCAGAAUUCUGGCCUUCUUGGUUGGGUUCCUAAUAGUGACACUUUACAUGUCCUUAUUCGGGAGUACAGAGAAAGUAGGAAGAUAUUACUCAACAUUGAGCACCGCAUUAUGCUACAGAUGGCUCCUGAUUACGACAAUCUUACCCUCAUGCAAAAGGUUGAAGUUUUCGGUUAUGCUCUUGACAACACAACUGGACAAGAUCUUUAUCGUGUUCUCUGGUUAAAGAGCAAGAGUUCUGAAUCCUGGCUGGAAAGACGUACAAACUAUACUCGAUCAUUAGGAGUGAUGUCAAUGGUCGGAUAUAUUCUUGGCCUUGGUGAUCGUCAUCCUUCGAAUUUGAUGCUUGAUCGAAUAACUGGUAACAUCGUUCACAUCGAUUUUGGAGAUUGUUUCGAAGUUGCUAUGACUCGUGAAAAGUAUCCAGAACGGGUUCCGUUCAGAUUGACUAGGAUGUUGACUUAUGCUAUGGAAGUUAGCAAUAUUGAAGGAAGCUUUAGGAUUACUUGCGAGAAUGUGAUGAGAGUGUUGAGAGAGAACAAAGAGUCUUUGAUGGCCGUUCUUGAGGCUGUAAGUUUUGUCCGACUCCACCGUCUAGAUCCACUGCUAAUAACUUAGUUCAUCCAUGAUCCUCUUCUCAAUUGGCGUUUGAAUGGCGAAGCUUCACCUGUAGGACCCAAUUUCCGCUCUGAGCGUCGUGAAUCCAUGAUCUCGUCUCAAGUCCGUAGACCCUCAAUAAUGGAUGGAAAUGUUCCUCCUUCGGCGUUAGCAGCCGAUGUUGGAGAUCCCAUAGCAGCUCCAGGUGGACCACCAGCUUCACGUCCUCGCGCGAGAACAAACUCCACGACACAAGGUUCACAGGAUAUGGAGGCACAUGAAAACCAAAACACCAGGGCUGUUCAGGUAUUGGUCCGUGUCAAGGAGAAGUUGACAGGUCAUGAUUUUAAGCCGGAAGAGGAAUUACCAUACAUUCAACAAGUUGAUAAGUUGUUGAUUGAGGCGACAAAGUUGGAGAAUCUUUGCCAACACUAUAUUGGUUGGUGUAGUUUCUGGUAGAUACUUCGGGCAAAUGAUAGAUGGAUUUUAGCGAACAAGCGUGAAUAUCUUGCAUGCGAAUUGCUACAUGAUGGAUGGCAUGGCGUCUGGGAAUGGGAAUUUGUGAUAUGAAGCACUUUAUAGGGCGGUCAUAUCUGGAAUAUAAAGCAGAGUGAAGGAAGGAAAAUAUGCCUAAUACUUUUGUACAUAAAGACGGCCGGUUUCAAUCCAUAUUAGAAGAUUUUGACAGCUUUCUAUUGGUAUUUUAACAGGAGACCUCGGUCGGGAUGUCAGGAGUUGGGUUUUUGAAACGGUUUAUGGUUAGACUGGUUGCUAGUUGGUACGUAGAUUUCUAGGAAUAUAGUUUUAGUUGAUUGCAUGGACGA